AUGGAACUUUUGCGAACGUUCACUGAGGAUAAUCUCGUUGUACAGAUUCUGGAGACCUGCGAUAGAGUGGCGGAUGACGAGAAUUUAGCACAACUGUGGGCCAGUGAUCGACCUCUAAUUGACGCAAAUGCAAACAGCUCUCAUCCAGAGAUAGCUCGUGCGGCACAAUCGCUGGUGUCGAAAUUGAGUGUGGUGAAUUCGGAUUUCGAGCCAUUAGCAGGCGUGUUUGCAUCGAUGGGUACUGAGGGGUUUUCCAUGGAGAUGUAG